AUGUCGCAGUUUCGUCGAGAUUAUUUUGAACUAAAGCGAGCAGAAGCUAUGGACAUUUCUGACCCGCGAUCUUUCGCCGUGCAUCGUAAAACAAGUUUAUUGAACCGGCCUGAAUACAGACGACCACGUAAAGCUUUCUGCUCUCUGCAUAGUAACCGAAACUGCUCUGAGUGUAAAAAGAAGAAGAUUGUCACGCAAAAGAGACGAAGACAGCGAACGUUAGGCAUGGACCUUCUUGUCAAUGAUUAUCAUGGUUUUAACUGGAUUGAUCCGAAAGUAAACGAAUUUCAAACUUUAAAUGUCGCCGGGAAAGGAAUUAAAACAUCACCUGAUAUUUUUCAUAAUGGUGGAGUAUUUCAAAAUAAUAGAUUGUUUUUUCCACAAUUGUCUUUAAACCGUCCGCUUCUGGUUACAGAACAAGCAGGGAUGUAUAGAAAGCUGCCAAGAGGGAGAACGGGGAAUUUCGAGAGAUUUGAGGACAAGGAUUGUUCGCCCGUUAUCCAGGGACUACCAAGAAAGAAAGAAGAUAGUUUUGAAAACAAGGAUUGUUUCAUGCCCGUAUUGCAUCCGCUACCAGGAGAGAGAAGGGAGAACUUGAAGGGAUUUGAAAACAAGGAACGAUUGUCCCUACUCCAUGUACUACCAGGAGAGAGGAUGGAAAGUUUAGACAGUUUCGAAGAUAAAGCAAGGUUGCCCGUCCUUAAUCAACGUGGAUCAUCCAGCGAGGUGAAAGUAUUGGAAUGUACAAACAAGGGGAAAAGACGGAUAAAUGUUGUUUUACCAAGAAUUUCAUAG